AUGGGCUGCUGCAGCGGCAGAUGUACCCUCAUAUUCGUCUGCAGCCUCCAGCUAAUAUGCGUGUUGGAGAGACAAAUCUUUGAUUUCCUUGGAUACCAAUGGGCACCUAUCCUGGCCAAUUUUUUGCACAUUGUUACAGUCAUUCUCGGCCUGUUUGGGACCAUCCAGGUCAGACAGCGAUAUGUGACUGGGUAUGCCAUUUGGAUGGUCCUCUGGGCGACGUGGAAUGUGUUUAUUAUCUGCUUCUACUUAGAAGUUGGAGGCCUUGAAAAGGAUAAAGAUCUGAUCAUGACCUUCAACAUUUCUAUGCAUCGUUCUUGGUGGAUGGAGAAUGGACCAGGAUGUUUGGUAACCACUAUGACCAAUAAUCCAGAUUGGGUACCGGAGGAUCACCGCUAUAUUUAUAUCAGAGGGUGUCUACUAGAGUAUCAAUAUGUAGAGGUGAUGCAUAGUUCCCUACAAGUCAUCCUUGCACUUGUUGGGUUUGUCUAUGCCUGUUACGUUAUUAAAGUUGUUGCUGAAGAAGAAGACAGCUUUGAUUUCAUAGGAGGAUUCGACUCAUAUGGCUACCAAGGUCCACAAAAAACAUCUCAUUUACAGUUGCAGCCCAUGUACAUGUCAAAGUAAGCUGCUAAAUGGAUGCCUUAAAAUCCUUCUGACUUCAAACUUUUCAAACCUUAAUAUCAAAGAAUCUGGUGGUGGUGACCUUUUUGUUGUACAGUGUUGAGCACUGUGCGUAUUGGAGUGACGGCCCAACCCAGAGACUGAGGAAACACAAGACUCAACUAAUAAAGUUCAGAGACUUCAAAAUUUAAAAGUUGCACGUGGACAAGCAGGAAGCUUCCUCCUGUGUGUUUGAACACACUGAAUAAAUAGGGAAGUUGGUGCCUAGAAGAUCAAACAAAAGUAUUGGUGCCCUCUUCAGGCCAGUAUCACAUAUGUCAUUGUUGAGUCCUCUUGUAUGUUUCCAGGUUCCCAAUUGUACCUUCUUUGUGUGGUCAUCAACCCGUUAGACAAUAAUUUGUUUAAUAUUUUGUAUAUGUUAACAGUUUUCUGUGUUAGCCACAAACAGUGAGUUCAAUCAGUGCCAUGAUUUUACUAAGGAUUAGAUGAUGUUACCAAACGUGAGCUGUUUUUCACACUGGGUGCACAUUUGCCUUAAUACAUCCAGGUCUAAGUCACAUAACGUGAGUUGACUACUCUUGUUCGUGUAGAAAAUGUAAAAAUCUAAUUUUAGAAUGUCAAAACCUUUUCCCAAGUGGUGUUCUAUGAAAAGAAUCAGCACUACAGAGAAACGACUACCAGAACAUGAAGCAAAUGGAGCUGCUUCGAAAUCUAUUCAGUAACUAGCCCACUUCACUUUUUCUGUCUCUGCACAGGGAACGAAUGUGGAGCUGUGGAAGAAUACUGUAAUAUAUAUGAACAUUCAAAAGCUUUUAUAGAUUACAUCAAAAAAUACAUGAAAGGCAAGAGCCAAACAUUAAACUGUGUUAGUA